AUGUUAUUAGUCAGCUUUCUUCUUCUUCUCAUUCCAUUUGUUUAUCCACAAACGAUUAAACAACUCAACGAAAUCACCGUCGACGAAGAAUUACCGAUCGGCUCAGUUGUCACAUUUCUAUCUGAUAAAAUUCCGAAUUUAGAUCAAUCAUUAGAAUAUGAUUUGGUUACACCUGUCUCAUCUGAAUUCGAUCUUUUCUCUAUUGACCAUACUCGCCAUUCAUUAAAUGUGAAAAAACGUCUGGAUUUCGAACAACUUUGCACAUCAAACAACGCCAGUCACUGUAUUAUUUCCAUAAGUAUUGCUGUUUCGAAUCAAGAUACAAUUUACGUGUACAUUCUUCCAAUUCACUUGAAAAAUAUCAACGAUAACCCUCUGAGAUUUCCUGUCAAUCGAACAGUGAUCGAAAUCGACGAAAACGACUCACGUUGGUCGACGAAAUCUUAUUCACUUCCUCGAGCGAGCGAUGCUGAUGGCGAUUUGAUCACCUACUCAUUGUACCUUCAAAACUGGAAGAAACCAAAUGGCUUAUUCGAACUUGAUCAAACUAAUUUCUCAUUAAAACCAUUACGAGCAUUUGAUCGAGAAGAACAAAGUCUUUAUCUACUCCGGCUGGUAGCGAAGAGCGAACAUGAAAAAGAGGUGUCACUUGAUAUUAUCGUCAUUAUCAAAGAUAUCAAUGAUAAUGCACCAAAAUGUGAUCUAUCCGAAACGACUUUCUACAUCAAUAACACCAAAUCCAUGUCGAAAUUCUUCCUGAAUGUGACCGAUCCUGAUGAAGGCGAUAAUGGUCGAUUAGUGUAUGAAUUUUACAAUGCACCUGCAGGUUUUCACCUCGAUCGUACGAGUGGCGAAAUCCAGUUUGAUUAUACACAAUGGACUCGUCGUGAACGAGCGAAGUUAGUUAUUAAUGUUAGCGAUCAUGGCAAACCGAUCCCGUUAUCGAGUCAAUGUGUCAUUGAAGUGAAAUACAUGUUUUUAUACGAGAUUAACUUCGUUUCGAAUGUUUCGCAAAAUGACUGGAUUCAAGUGAACAAUCUUCGCACUCCAAUUGGAAAAUUGAUGGUUAUUGAUAAGCAGAAUGAGAAUUUGUGUGAAAAUUGUUUGGUGCAGAUGAAUUCAACAUUCGAAGAUUUGAUUUAUCUGAAUGAUCAGACAAUGGAUUUAUAUUUGAAUCUCAGUUCCAUCGUAUUAAUUCGUAUUUUAUCGAAUUCAAUGAUAAAGAACGAAAAUAUUUCGUUGAAUGUGCACUUCCAUGUAUCCGAUCGAGCAAAUCCGUCGAUAAUUUCAAAUCAAAACUAUUCUUGGACAUUGUACUUCGAUAAAGAUAAACUAUUAACGAAUUCGAAUAUGUUAUUUGUCCAAAUUCAUGAAGAUAUUUCUUUGGAUGAAAGAUUUCCUAUUCACAAUCGAUUCCACACAUGUUUCGACGAUUCGCUCAAACAAAUCAGCGUCAAUGAUCCAACAGAAACGUUCGAAAUCGAUAGCAAUUUCAAUUUAAUCAUUAAGAAAUAUUUAAGAGUCAAUAAACAACAAAAUUACGAGGUCACACUCUACAAAAUCGAUUCGAAUCAAACAGAUCAAAUCAAUCCAUGUUCCAUUGACCUUCGUGUACAUAUUUACAACCCCUAUUCGGUCUCAAACGUUUAUCCAUACUUUUCUCAAUCAUUCUAUGUUCUAACCAGCACGAAUCUCUCGCAAUUUACUCUCCCGAUUCUUCCACCUUCGAUGAAAUACAUCUCAUCAAAAUCAUAUGAAAUUUCAAUUGAUGAAAGCAAUGGUUCAAUAACGAUUGUUUCACCAUCAUUAUUUUCGUCUUAUUACUACGACUUUCAUGUCCAAGCGAUUAACUCGCAGACACCGUCAUUAAGUUGCGUCAUAUUCAUACGUAUUCUAUUCGGUAUCAAUCAACAAUCACCACGAUUGCUAGAAAAUUUAACGAGACAAUCGUUGGAGAAUGUUUCGUCUGACUUUCUGUAUCAAAUCAAAGCGUACGAUCCUGAUUUUUCUUCGGACGAUCAAAUUGAAAGGUUUCCACCAUCGGUUGAAUACGAAAUCGAUUCCACAGACUCAUUGGAAAUUGAACGUUACACAGGUCGGAUAUUUCGAAAGAAAUCGGAUCAAUUAUUCUUCAAUUUCACUGUUAUCGUCACUGACUUCGGUCAACCGAAACGUUUAACGACGCGAGAACGAUUUGUCUUCUAUAUCAAAUCGAAUAAUUCCAUGCUUCGACAAGAAGUGUCGAUGGUAGUGUCAACUACAUUCAUUCUAAUCAGCACCGGGAUCGUUUUGAUGAUAAUUCUCUUGAUUAUUCUCAUACUUUUAUUAAACUGUUGCCAUCGGCGAUCGAGAACGAAAAAAUCUUUAACAAAUAUUUCCCCGACUACACCCGAUAGUCGAUUGAUUGACAACGAAUAUAUAACAACAGCUACAUCAUUACCACGUGUUAUCAAUCGUGAACAGCGUAUCUAUCCGACAAUUGCGAACAACAGUCAACGAAACCUUCUCGAGCAGAUUCACAUUCCACCGCCGCCGUUGUACACAGCGGAAAAAGUCUAUAUCAAACCGGACUAUCAACAAACUCUAUCGAUAAAUGAUAUCAACAAAUAUUUAGAACGCUUUGAAAAAAUCUAUAAUAACUCGACGGAAAAUCAUUCUCGACAGCCUGUAGGAUCAGUUGUGUAA